AUGGAGGGCAAUCGCAGAAGAUUUGUAGUAGAGGAACACAUCACUCUGUUAAAAGAAACUGGGUCGCAAUACAUUGGCCACAUUAUUUGCAAGGUUAGCGGUGCUAAAACUAUUGCCAACAAACUGUUAGCUUAUUUUGUAGUGAAAUCGAUCGAUUUAACUACAAUCACAGCCAUCGGAGGCGACGGUACUGCCGUUGAUACUGGGAUUCAUUCAGUAGUUGAUUUUGUACCAAUAAACUGUUACCUGCCUGAUAUCACAAGAACUCGUGGGUAUAUAAACGCAGAUCACCUAUAUUUGUUGGAAAUAUGUCAGGCUAUUAAUGCAAGAAAUUGUGACGAAAACUUGGCUAUGAGGUCUCCAGGAAAAAUCUGUCAUUCGCGUUGGAUGACGACAGCCAACUCAAUUCUCAGGCUUUACAUUUCCACCAAGAAUCCGACUGAAAAACAGAUGACUGUGACUGAAUUCGUCUUGAAGGGAAAAAACGUCGAUCUUCGCUCCUAUCAGAGUCUUCAAGGUGCCAAGCUUGAACUUCAACGCAGAGCAUAUGACCUGAUUGAAUGGGACAAAGUUUCUGAACCGCCAGUCCUGAAACAAAUUAGCACCGACUUAUUGAAGGAUGCUAUCGCCAACCCAGAUAUAGUAGAAACUCAAAUUUUGACACUCUAUCGUCAAAUGCCAUGUCACACUCAAGCAAGUGAAAGGUACAUCAAAAUUGUGACUGAAGCGUGCUCUGCUGUAUGUGGGCCCGAAAGACGGGAAGGAUGGAUAAAAAAUACGUUGAAAUCCUGUAAAAUCAUGCUGAUUUUCAAUACCAAGGCAGAGUACAGAACUAAGUAA